UAUAUAUAACCCAAUUCUUCCUCUUCCUUCAUCCAAUACCAAUUGUUAUUCUCAUGCAACAACCAUCUUUCUUACAAAACAUUUCCUAGUUUUCUUGGUUAUACACUUAAGUUAAUUAUCAUAUUCUGCUUCUCAUAUUACAAAUUAGCUUACGAUACUAAUUAGCUAUAGCAUGUGCAUGGAAACUAUUUCUAGCUCUACCGAAAACAAGUCCGUUUUUUCAAGAUUAAGGAAUAUAUUUUCGCCCAAAAAGCCGAUCAUAAUCAAGGACGAUGAGGUUAUUGAUCAGACGGCCAGUACUAGUACUCUUUCUGUGAGUAUAAUCAAUACUAGCAAUGAAAAUAGUGAUCGUUUAGAGAGGGUAUUUACGUACUUUGACGAGGACGGAGAUGGGAAAGUGUCGCCAGCGGAGCUACAGCGGUGCGUGAGGGCGGUAGGAGGGGAGCUGACGGAGGAGGAGGCGGAGAUGGCGGUGAGGCUAUCGGAUUCAGACGGAGAUGGGAUGUUAGGGUUAGAGGAUUUUAGUAAAUUAAUGGAAGGAGGUGACGUGGAGGAAAAGAAUAAGGAGAGUGAGUUAAGAGGAGCUUUUGAGAUGUAUGAAAUGGAAGGAACAGGUCAAAUUACUCCAAAGAGUUUGAAGAGGAUGUUGAGUAGACUUGGUGAGUCUACCUCUGUUGAUAAUUGCAAAUCCAUGAUUCAAAGAUUUGAUCUUGAUGGUGAUGGAGUUCUUAACUUUGAUGAGUUCAAAAUUAUGAUGAACAUGGAGUUUAAAAAGAUCUAGUUUAAAGUACAAAUAUUCUCAUGCCUUAUGUAUAUACAUAAUUCUUUGCCGUUUGAGCUCAAAAUAAUUCUGGUUGAUGGAUUCUAUUGUUAUCAAGAUUGUUAUUCAUUACUUGAUUGUUAUUGCAAAUUGAUUGUUUA